CUGUUUCCAACUGUUCCCAUUAACCUUAUCUCCCCCCAAAAAAAAAAAAGAAAACAGACAUGGCCGUCUCCACUUCUCCUGACUGGUCCUUAGCUUCAACUGAUUCCUACACAUCAAAACCCAGAAAAUCUAAAUCUGCUCUCUUUUUCUCACCAUGCAAAACCCUUCACUUUGUCUCACUCCCCACCUCUAACCUUCCAUUGUUCCACAUCAAUUCCUCAUGUAAUUCCCCAUCUGCUAUCAUGGAAGAUGCAUCAUCAUCAUCAUCAACCAGCAAUGUGCCCAUCACCAAGUUAGGCCUGAAAUUUCAUGACCCUGAUGUUGAUAAUCUAAAUGGGUUGUUGUGUGGGUUAUUGCAAGAUACUCCAAGUGAGGAUGUUGCAUAUGAUUUCUAUGAGAAAGCAAAAGAAAACCCAAGGUUCAUACCAGAGAAAAAAAUGUUAAAGCUUCUCAUCAGGUACUUUGUCCAAUCCAAGAAAUGGGGUUCAAUUGUGUCUCUUUCACUUGAUUUUAAACAUUACAAGGUCUUCCCUGAUGCUUAUACUUGUUCUAGAUUGAUUAAUACUUGUGUUAAAGCUAGAAAAUUCAUGGUUGUGGAGGCUUUGCUUGAAGCGUUUAAAUCAGAUAAGGAACUUUCUGUCAUUACGUUUAAUUCAGCAAUGGCGGGGUAUAACAAGUUGCAUAUGUUUAGAAGCACAAUUGCUGCAUACGAAACAAUGAAAUCCAAUGGAAUUUCUCCGGAUUCUGAAUCUUAUUGCCAGAUAAUGGAAGCUUAUCACCGAAUUGGUGAUAUGGACAAAGUUUCUUCAUUAUUUGAUGAAUUUGAAAGUAGCAAGUUAAAUUUGACACCACUUGCACCUCGUGCAUACAGUAUCCUAUGUGACUCGUUGGCGAAAUCGGGUCGACCUUAUGAAGCUCUUGAAUAUUUCGGAGACAUGAAGAAGAAAGGGCUUUUCGUGAGUUCUUUGGUUUACUCUUCAUUGAUAAUAUCGUUCGCGAGCAUCCGCGAUAUAACCAUAGUCGAAAAACUACUCGAAGAGGCGGAAGAGAGGAAGAUGGUGAGGGACCCAGAAUUGUUUUUGAAGCUUGUUUUGAUGUAUAUAGAAGAAGGGUUAUUAGAGAAAACUUUGGAUGUUGUGAGGGUCAUGAAUGAUGCAAAUGUAAAGGUUUCUGAUUGUAUUUUUUGUACAAUUGUCAAUGGAUUCUCCAAAAGGAGAGGGUUUCAAUCUGCUAUUGUAGUUUAUGAGCAGCUGAUAUUGCAGGGCUGCAAACCAGGGCAGGUAACGUAUGCCUCGAUCAUAAACGCGUACUGUCGCAUUGGUCUCAACUCGAAAGCCGAAAUGGUGUUUUCGGAGAUGCAGCAGAAGGGGUUUGACAAAUGUGUUGUGGCAUACUCUAGCAUGAUAGCAAUGUAUGGGAAAGCAGGGAUGAUAAGAGAUGCAAUGAAGGUUUUAGCUCAAAUGAAAGCAAAAGGGUGUCAACCAAAUGUAUGGAUAUACAAUUCAUUAAUGGACAUGCAUGGGAGAGUGAAGAACUUGAGACAGGUGGAGAAACUAUGGAAGGAGAUGAAACGAAGGAAGCUGGCACCGGAUAAAGUCAGCUACACGACCGUCAUUAGCGCUUACAAUCGAGUAAGGGAGUGCGAAAUGUGUGUGAAAUUCUACCAGGAGUUUAGAUUGAACGGGGGAUCGAUCGAUAAGGCAAUGGCAGGCACCAUGGUGGGAGUUUUCUCGAAAACAAGUCGGAUCGAUGAGUUGGUGAGGCUUCUGCAGGACAUGAAAGCUGAAGGAACUGAGUUGGAUGGAAGGCUAUAUCAUUCAGCUAUGAAUGCCUUAAGGGAUGCUGGAUUGGAAAACCAAGUUAAAUGGUUGCAAAAGAAUUUUGAUGCCAUGCAACAUGGUACACAAUUGUAAGCUCCACACAUAUAUGGCACUUCAUGACCUCUCAAAUUUUGAAAUCCAGAUCUAACUUGUAUUCUUUCCUGCUUUAACAUCAAAGGGUUUUCAAUGAAAGAAAGUAUGAAUUCAAGCUAGAUUUCAUUAAGGAAACUCAGGAGAUGGUGCUUACCACUCUGAAAUAUUGUAUGUUUAUGACCUCUUGUGAAAUUUAUAGAAAUCAUUUUCUGUAA